AAAACUGCCAUUAUAGUUGCGGAAAAAAAUAACAAUCUGCUCAGUACCCCAACAGAAACCGCUUCUGGGGAGGUUGGUGCCUAAUAAUCUGUCCAGUGACUUUUUCAUAAUGGCUAUCUCGCAGUUCUUUUCUACCCCUUGCGAAAGAAGAAGAUAGGAUGGGGCGAGUCAUCAGAGGACAACGUAAGGGUGCCGGUAGCAUUUUCAAAUCUCAUACAAAGAAGAGAAAAGGAGCUGCAAAAUUACGAGCUCUUGACUAUGCGGAAAGAAAUGGUUACAUUAAAGGUGUUAUAAAAGACAUAAUUCAUGAUCCAGGAAGGGGUGCUCCAUUGGCAGUUGUCGUGUUUCGGGACCCAUAUAAAUUUAAAUUAAACAAAGAGUUAUUUAUUGCAACAGAGGGAAUGCAUACCGGACAAUUUGUAUAUUGUGGAAAAAAAGCUACUUUACAAAUUGGGAAUAUCUUACCAGUUGGUGCUAUGCCUGAAGGAACUAUCAUAUGUAAUAUCGAGGAAAAAUCUGGUGAUCGUGGUAAAUUAGCCCGUGCAUCUGGCGAUUAUGCAACUGUUGUUUCACAUAACAGAGACACUAGAGUUACAAGGAUAAAGCUUCCAUCUGGCAUAAAAAAAGCAGUUCCUUCUUUUAACCGAGCCAGUGUUGGCAUUGUUGCUGGCGGUGGACGUAUUGACAAACCAUUAUUAAAAGCAGGUCGUGCAUAUCACAAAUACAAAGUUAAGCGCAAUUGCUGGCCUAAAGUUCGUGGUGUUGCUAUGAACCCUGUUGAGCAUCCUCAUGGUGGUGGUAAUCAUCAACAUAUUGGUUUCCCUUCAACAGUUAGACGUGAUACCUCAGCUGGUCGUAAAGUUGGUCUCAUCGCUGCUCGGCGUACCGGUAGGAUUCGAGGUACUGCUAAAGUCAGAGAUACUGAAAAAGAUUAGCCGACGUGUCGAUAAAGUCCGUUAUUUGAUGACGAAUAAAAUAAAUCCAAAGUUAAAAA